AUGGAGUUGUUAGAAGAGAAUUAUGAUCAUUCAGUCGAGAGAUUGGAUAGACCUUCCUCAUAUUUAAUCAAGAAGGCUGUUAGAAGACAAAAUUUCGAAAACUUGGAGAAAAGUUUACAUUCUAAAACAGUUUAUGUUGGGAACUUAACUAAUCUUAUAACUGAAGAACAAUUAUAUGAAUUGUUUAUUAAAUGUGGUAAAAUAGAGAAAAUCAUCAUGGGUCUUGAUAGAAAUAAAUUAAUACCUUGUGGUUUUUGUUUUGUGAUUUAUAAAGAAGAACAAGGAUCUUUAAAUGCCAUUAAAUACUUGAAGGGAACUAUAUUAGAUGGACAAAAUUUAGAAAUUGAUUUGGAUCCUGGUUUUGUUGAAGGAAGACAAUUCGGAAGAGGUGUUUAUGGUGGACAAGCAAGUCAAGAAGGUGGAAAUGGAUUCAAAGGAGGUUACAGAGGAAGAGGUGGAUUCAGAGGUAGAGGUAAUGGAUUCAGAGGUAGAGGUAGAGGUAGAGGUGGUUACAACGGAGGUUUCAGAGGUAGAGGAGGAUUUUCUAAUGGUCCAAGAGACUUCGAAUCAUAG